AUGUCCUCAUUAGAGAAUGUUCUUUAUUUCCAAGCCGGACUUGGAGUCCUAGCCAAUAUGUUUCUUCUUCUUUUCUAUAUUUUCAUAAUCCUAGGUCAAAGACCUAAACCCAUGGACCUGAUCUCCUCUCAAUUGACCUUUGUUCACAUAUUGAUGUUUCUCACUGGAGGAAAUAUUGGAAUUGCAGACAUAUUUGAGUCACUAAACAUUAAGAAUGACAUCAAAUGUAAGGCAACAUUUUAUACAAGUCGAGUGAUGAGAGGCCUCUCUAUCUCUGUCACCUGCCUCCUGAGUGUGUUCCAGGCUGUCACUAUCAGUCCCAGUACCUCUUUGCUGGCAAAAUUUAAACAUCAACUAAAAAAAUACAUGAUCAAUGCUUUAUUCUAUAUUUGGUGUUUCAAUUUGUCUGUCAGUAGUUACAUGCUGUUCUAUGUUGGUGGUUUUACCAAUGUGAGUGAGACCAAACAGAUGAAUGUCACUAAAUCCUGCUCGCUCUUCCCCAUGAACUACAUUAUUAGGGGAUUAAUUUUUACAUUGUCAACCUCCAGAGGUGUGUUUCUUGUAGCAGUCAUGCUGUCCACAAGUGCAUACAUGGUGAAUAUUUUGCAUAGACAUCAGAGGCAAUGCAAGCAUCUUCAUAGCAACAGAAACCCGAGAACAUCCCCUGAGAAAAAGGCCACCCAGACCAUCUUGCUGCUGGUAGUUUUCUUUGUGGUCAUGUACUGGGUGGACUUCAUCAUCUCAUUCACCUCACUCCUGCUAUGGAUGUACAACCCAGUCAUCCUGACUGUUCAAAAGUUUUUGAUGAAAGCCUAUCCUAUAAUUACUCCUUUGGUACAAAUCAGUUCAGAUAAGAGAAUAAUCAAUGUGUUGAAAAACUUGCAGUCCAAAUGCCACUAG